GAAAAAGAAAUCAUUCUUUAUUUGACGAAGAAGAAAUAAGAAGAAAUAUUUUAAAAAAUGUCUCUGUUUCCAUUUAUUUUUUCCGAUUGGUGGGAGGAUUUGGAACGACCACAUCGUCUGAUGGAUCAAAAUUUUGGUUUAGAAUUGAAUCCUGAACAACUUUUAACUAUUUCAAAUAGAAUGGACAUCCUAAGACAAAUGGAAAGAUUCCCAAUGAGUUAUUAUCGUCCAUGGAUCGAAUUAGUUCGUCAGAAAGACAAUGGUUUUUCGACUGUUAACGCUGAUAAGGAUAAAUUCCAGGUUGUUCUAGACGUUCAGCAGUUUCAACCGAACGAGAUUGACGUUAAAGUUGUUGAUAAAUUUGUAGUUGUUACGGCUAAACACCAAGAGAAACGUGAUGAACAUGGAUGGAUCUCAAGACAAUUUGUUCGUAAAUAUAUAAUUCCUGAACAGUGUGAUAUCGAUCAAGUUACAUCGAAAUUAUCUUCCAAUGAUAUCCUGACGGUUAUUGUACCGAGAAAGGAAGUACCAAAGAUUGAAAACGAAAGAACGAUUAAGAUCGAAUAUACUGGAAGACCUGCGAUCUAAAUUAUUUUUUA